AUGAAACUACCAACCGCUGUACUAUCAUCAAUCCUGCUUGUUUGCUCAGUUACUAUCGCCAAACCAAUUCUCCCUACUGAAACUACAAGUACUGGAUCUGUAACUGUGGAGAUAUUAUAUGCAAAUGGUGUAGGUCAAACUGACGAACGUAUAUUUGCAUCUGGGCAUGAAAAUUUAAUCCAUGACUAUGCAAAAGACACUUGUAAUCAUCACAGCAAAAUGCAGUUAUAUGAAUCGUUAAAGAAUAAGGCUACCACUCAACAAAAGCGGAUGACUAAACUAGAAAGAAAACAUAUCCAGUUGACACGUAAAUAUCAGGAAAGCAAUGGUGCUUUAAAACACGGAAGUAAACUUCUCUUGCUUAAACCUAGUCUUGGAAAACAAACUGUCAAAUCUACCAACCUUGAAGAACAAAUGCUUAAAAUCAAAGUUGAGCUUGAAACUGAAUCGGCAUACCUGGAGCUAAAAACAAGCAAAAUCACAGAGUUUCUCACUCAAACAUAUCCAAGUGCUCUAUUAAUUAACCUGAAAUUAAUAUUUGGAUUCAGGGUCAUUACUAUACAAAUUGGCGAUGGAGUACACAGUCUCGUAGCAAAACAAUAG